AUGGACGACUAUGCCCAUUUUCUUCCCGAAGAGCCGCUUGCUGCAGAGGAGCUUACUGCUGUGGCCAACACGAUCACCACGUCGGAGGAGCUGGAGGGACAGAUAGUCCACGAGCACAUUAUUGGAGAGGAUGAGGUAACUGGCCACAAGAGGGCGCGAUAUGAGAGCUCGGACGAACCCAUGAAGGUCUGGCGUCGGGUUUCACAUAUAUUCCUCGACAAUCUACUUCGGCAUGACGGUCUUGGACCAGACCUUCCUGAACCCGUCUGUUUCUUCUGCCAAACACCCGCGGGCGACUCUCCCUCGACCCGAUUCUUCAGGUGUCAAGACUGUGGCUGUUUUUCACAAUGCCACUCUUGUUUGACCGAACGACACGCGCUCACCCCCCUGCAUGUCAUCAAAGAAUGGAACGGCAGCUUCUGGGAGGCAGCCGCCUUGCAUCGACUUACUCUGAAGGACGAGUCUCCCAGAAGUUUACGAAUGUCUUACCAGCUUGGACACACUGCAGGCAAUGGAGCAUAUUCCGCCCUGGAAUAUGUUGAGAAUAUUAUGAAUAUUACAGGCUGUAUUCAUUCCAUUUUCUAG